UCGACAUCUCCGCGUAUACCGCUCCGUGAUCUACGAUCGAUUCCAAGGUAAUUAUGCCUUGCUAACAUCGAAUAGUCACAUAUGAAGGGUGACUCCGUCAUUAUUACCGCCAGUCCCGAAGAUAUCGAACAGAUAUCAAAGUUAAACAAUUUCAUGUUUGCAGGAGCUACUUUGAGAAUCAAAGCUUAUGAACGUGGAUCAACACCACCGUCAGCUGGAUCGGAAGAAAAGAAAGCAGUCUCCCAAUCGGCCCAGGAAACAAAGGAGAAAUUCAGAGCCAUUCUCGCCACUCGAUAUGAUGGCAAUCUCAAGCUACUUAAUCUGUCGGCUCUUGCUCAAGAUGCGGGAUUAUUGGAAAUGGGAUUCGGAACCUUCGACGGGAAGACAACUUCCAAGCUGUUCCCAGCAUUGAUGGUUGUUGCUGAUCAGCUAUUCAAGACAUGGCAAGAGAAGCGCGAUGCCAUUGUCAGCGUCUCCCUUGCCAAUAAUGGUCUUAGCGACGUCUCCGGCGUCACUGCUUUAGCACAAACCUUCCCGGAUAUCAAGAAUCUCGACCUUUCCUCGAACAAUUUCAAAGACCUGAAGUCUAUUGCAUCAUGGCGCUGGAAGUUUAGAAGUCUGGAAACUCUAGUUUUAUCAAACAAUCCGAUCGAAACCCAAGAGCCUAACUUCAAUGUCGAGAUCAUGAAGUGGUUCCCAAGGCUGCAAAACCUCAAUUAUGUCCAGGUUAGGACUCCUGAAGAGGUUGCCGCUACUCUUGAAGCUGUGAACACCCCCAUCCCAAUCAGCGGACCGGACUUUCGAGAUGUCUCUCAGGUAGGCGAGAACUUCAUCAGGCAGUUCGUCGCCCUCUACGACAGCGACCGUAAUGCUCUUUUAUCAAGCUUCUACGAUGCUGAGUCUGUUCACUCGAUCGCCAUCAACAUGUCCGCACCCCGGAACCGAGAGCAUUCAACUCCAGUUCCCGGCUGGGACGCUUAUAUGAAGCAUUCUCGAAAUCUUGUCAAGCUCACAUACGCUGGACCGAGAUUGAAUCGGCGAUACAAGGGCAUUCAAGCAAUCCAACAGGUCUGGUCUGAACUCCCUGCUACUCGACACCCUGAUCUCGCAACGGAAUCAGCCAAGUACCUCAUCGAAUGCCAUCCCUUACCUGGUCUUGCCGAUCCCUCUGGACAGAAUCCGGGGGGAGUCGAUGGACUUAUCAUCACAAUGCACGGGGAAUUCGAGGAGCAAAACACAUCGACCGAAAAGGCGCUUCGCAGCUUCUCCAGAACAUUCGUCCUGGGCCCCGGCGCACCCGGUGGAAGCCCGAUCAGGGUUGUCAGCGAUAUGCUGGGUCUUCGAGCUUGGGCCCCGUUGGCCAUGCCAUCAAAUCAGGCCAAUAUAGCAACACAAGCACCACCACCAAACGUCAAUAUUGAACAACAACAGAAGGAGGCGAUGGCGGGCCAGUUGAUGGAGAAGACGGGUAUGACUAUGGAAUUUGCAGUCCUUUGUUUGGAGCAGACUGGAUGGCAACUUCCCCAGGCCUUUGACGCAUUUCAACAGAAUAGGGAUAAAUUACCCCCAAAUGCAUUCAUUGCAGGGAUCGCAGGAUAAGAAUCCAUGUACAUAUAAACCGAGAAAUCAUUGAACGGAGUACUACGCAUCAGAGGUAGAGAGAUCGCCUGUCACAACACAAGUCACACAUAAGGUACCUUGGCAUAGACCGAAAAGAAAAAAAGAAAAACAACAACA